AUUCCAUCUACGUAAGAAACCGGCGUAACAGUGUCAAGCUAAAAACGACACACCACACGCCCAAAAACCGACACGUUUAUAUUAGUUUUAAACACUCAUUUGUUGUAAUAGUAGUGUCCAUGUGCAAAUAUUGUGCAAUUGAUUGUGUUCAACUUCAACUUGAACUAACAAGUGAGAAGUACGUUUAUCGUUUACCGUUGUCAAUCUUCCGUGUUGCAACAUCAGCGUGGAAGGAAACGCAAACAAAUUGUUUAAACUAUUAAUGCUAUCCGUUUUGUUCUUUGUUAUCCCGACUUGACUCUUCCUGCCUUCACUUACAUGGCUACUAAUCCUCCAGGACAAGCCUUCCCAAACAAGGCUCGGGUUGCAAUCCUGGCUGAGCUGGAGAAAGAGAGGAGGCGGCUGAUACAAACUCAGUCCAUGAACACUCCUGGAGCCAGCAUUUCUCUGUCCAGACCAAGUGUAAAGGACUUUAGAGACAACGCAGAGCAGCAGCACAUCGUUGCUCAGCAGAAAGCUGCUUUGCAGCAUGCACACGCACAUUCAUCAGGCUUCUUCAUCACUCAAGACUCCUCAUUUGGGAACCUCAUCCUUCCUGUCCUUCCACGCCUGGACCCUGAGUCGUGACCUUUGACCCCCCCCCCCCCUCCAAUCUCCCUUUCUGAGAAAGAGCUCUUUUGAUGCACAAAUGCCACAUCUUCCCUGGUUUCUUCUCUUAAGUCCGUGAAUAAUGAACAGUCUGUUUUCAUCUCAACAAUCUCAGGGGAGCGUGAAUCUUUCUCUUUUACAUCCUGCAGACCAACAAGCUGGCUGCUGAGUUUAGCGGUUAGAAGAAGUUUCCAGAUGGCUAUCAAACAUCCUGUUAAACUCUCCAGAGGAGGCGAACACCACAAAGGCCGUCCUGCUCUGCUGUCUGUCAAGGCAUUGAUGAUACCAUCUGAUGCACAUGAUGUGAUGUAUUUGGGAUUCCUUUGCAUAUCUGGAUAAUAAAGUAGUUUCAUGCAACUGAUUUUCAGUUUAU